UGCAUUAUACAGAAUACAUAUUCUAGUCAUACACACAUAUAUAUUCACCUGUAUACAUAUAUAUUAUGUUAAAUAUCUAUGUAUCUUCGCUUAUGGGUCAGCAUUGGCUCGAUUCCAAGAAUAUUUUACAAAUUUGGAGCUGUUCGAAGUCUGCUCAAUAAAAAAAAAGAAAAAAAAUUGCAUGAAUCUCUUACGUUUGAUCGGUUUUAUCUUUGACGAGAACUUAUUAAAAUUUGGACAUAAUGGGGAUUAUAUUAUCAAGAUUUCGCAGGAAGAAAACAACAAUUGAAAUUUUGGAGGAUCUUGAUGCGAAAAUUAAAGAGAUAGAAAGAUAUGGAUAUAGUACAGAACAAAGACAUAAAAAGAUUGUUGGAACUCUGAUAUUAUACAGUGUGAUACUUUAUAUUAUAACAGCAUUCAUUUUUUACUUCUAUUUCUUCCCUGCAUCACUAUAUGAUCAAAUAUUUUAUAUCAUUCCACUGUUAAUUUUUCCAAUUCUAAUAUUGCUUACAAAAAAGAUGGUAACCUGGUAUUAUAAAUGUAAAAUUUCUAAAAAUCAAGAUAGAUUAAGUAGUAUGCAAUCUGAAAAAAAGAAAAUUCUAGAUGAAGUUACAGAGACUGAAACAUAUAAAAAAGCUAAAGAAAUUCUGUUAAAGUUUGCACCUGAUCAAUUAAGAAUGACUCCAUUGUCCCCGCAGACAACUUUUAAAGUGUCAUCAUCAACAGAAACUCCUAAACGAUCAAGUACACCACAGCAUAUAAUAUCUCCAGUAUCAGCUUCUACGGAACUGAGAAGACGUAUAAUAAUAAAUCAAAAUCAACCACUGAAUGUGCAUAGUGGUAUACCUGCUAACACUGGUCUUGUCCCAGUUGGCACAGCUCCCACUCAAAAUCCAUUAAAUACUUCCUUCCAGGGUGGUAUUAGACCAGUUAAUACUCCAAUUCGUGAUUAUCGAACUCCGUUACCACGUCCAGUAUUACCGCGGCAAAGGACUUAUUUGGAUCGAUUGAUUGAUUAUCUUGUUGGAGAUGGUCCAUCGAAUCGAUAUGCAUUAGUGUGUCGAAAUUGUGAGUCUCACAAUGGGAUGGCUCUCAAAGAGGAAUUUGAAUAUUUCGGAUUCAGAUGUUGUUAUUGCAACUUUUGGAAUCGUGCAAGAAAACAGAAGCCAUCUGCUCCGAAAUUAACGUAUAAUGUUGCACAUAGUAGUUCAUCUUUAAAUACUUCUGAAUAUGUAGCAUCUGAUCCAAAUGUAGCAGAACAUUUAAAACCUCCGCAAACGGAAUCAAUAAAUGCAUCGGAUACAGAUUCAGAUAUCGAAGUCGUUGAACGACCAACAGAAGCAUUGGAAAAGAUUGAACAUGUUACUGAACCAGUUAAAGAUACAUGUGAUGAACCAAACAAUGCCGAGCCACACAAUGCGGAAUCGGACACUACGGAGUCCGAAACGAAAGAAGCACAUAAUUGUGACGAGAGUGAUGAAAAAAUGGAUAUCGACGAAUCAUCGUCUUAAAAAAAUAUAUUUUGAAAUAAUUUAUAACACGAAACUUUUUGUUAUGAAACGUUAUGUGUUAACAAAAUAUAUUUUGAAAUAAUGUGCAACAUG